AUGGGAUUUAUAAUUAAAUGGUAUAAUCUUACCAGAACCUAAAGAUGUAGUAUAUUCUGAUGUUUAAGUUAAUGGAGAUUUAGGUAUAUUUUAUUUGUUAUUUUAAAUCCCAUCAAAAGUUGUAUUUAUAUAUAGAUGUUCUCAUUCAUUGAUAGAUCAAAAAUAAGCUAAUUGUAAAGAUUAUGAUAAACUUUAAUUGGAUCAAUUAAUUAAUAAAACUAAGCAUUCUUUCCAAUGGUCGGUUGAGGCUCUUUAGAUCACAUUAAUACAUUAGGAUACUGAUUAUUCUAUUUAAAUUUAUAAAGCUGCUGGAGGAUAUUUUUAGAAUGUUGGCACUAUUAAAGUUAAUAAAGAUUCUAUUGAUAAUAAAAUAAAUUCAGUAACUUUUCUAGAAAAUGAAAUUUAUGUGGUUUAAUCUAAAUUAAAGAAGGUUUAAAUAUAUUCAAAAUAUAUGCCUUUUGAAUUGAUCUAUGAAAUUACUGAUAGUAAGUUAAAUUAAUUUAAUGUGAAAGGAGAUUUUAUACCUUAAAGAGUAUUUGCAAAUAAGAAAGCCAAAUCCUCUUUAAUUUUUAUUUAAACAAUAACUGAAUUGUUUAUUGGAAUAUUCUCUAAUAAUAAAAUAUCAACUUUUGUUUUGUAAAAGGAAAUUACUAUAAUUCCUGAAGCGCAAAUUGAAGUGGCUAUAGGAAUUGAGAACUUUUUUAUUAUUUAGAAAUUAGAUGAUAAAGAUCUUAUUGAAGAAUAUAAUUAUAAACAUAUGAAUAGAAUAUAUAAAACAAAAGAUUUACCAUUAUUUGAUUAUAAAUUAUAAAAGCCUUUAACUGUAGAUUAUUCCUCUUAAACAGGAUGGUUAUUUUUAAGGGCAAAAGAUGAUAAAUAAACAGUAAUUUUAGUCUAUGAACCAGGAGUAGUAUCACAUAAUUGUCUUCAAACAGUAUUAGAAUGCAAAUCUUUCAUUUAAGAUGAAUAAAAAUUUGACAUGGCUCUAGAUGGUAGUAAUCAAAUGUUUUUAUAUUUUAAUAAUAAUACUGAUCAUAGAUUCUUAAGUAUAUUAGCUAAAUCUGAACUAUAUGCCAUUCCUUAUUUAGAUUCAUAAGAUUAUGUUAUAGAUGUUUUUACGGGAAUUUAAAUCACAAAUUUCCCUAAAAACAAUCCAUUGAUAGUUUAAAAUCGUAUAAAGAUUCUUAAUUCCCAAAGCAUUGUUACAAUUAAAUAAUAAUUAUUUGAUAGUAAAUAAAAGGUCUUUAAAUUUGAAAAACAAGAAGGCGAAUAAAUUAUUGAUAUGGAUACUAAUUGGUAUAAUGGAUAAGUUACCAGUUUUUCUGUCCAUUGUUAAACAUGUGGUUCAAAUUUAUCUAUAAGACCUAAUAUUUAAAGAGUGGCAGAUGGAUAAGAUAUGAUAUAUGGUAUUAUUGAUGGUGCUAUUUAUGGAGAAUAUGGUUAAGUAUAUCAAACUAGAAAUUCUAUAAUUUUCUAAGAUUAGAAAGGUUAAUUUGUGUCAAAGUUUGAUAUUAAAUUAACAACACAAAACUGUGAAUUAAUUACUGUAUCAGAUGAUUUAAAUUAUAUAUUCUCUAGUUGGCAUAACACCAAAAAUGAAGUUGGCAUUUAUGUUAGUAUAUGCUCAUAAUAAGAACAAUAAAAAUAUUGCUAAUAAUAUAGAUAAGGAUUUUCAACUAUAGCUGGAAUUUAAAAGAUAUCUAAAAUUUAAAUGGCAGAUAAAAAGAAUUUAAUUAUUUUGAAUACUAAUCCUGAAAAUUUUGAUUCUAUUGAUAAUAUGAUUGUUGUAGCCACAUUUAAUUAUGAUGAAAUUAGUUUUUCCGUUCAAAAGAAAUAUCUUAUAAAUGACUAAUAUGUUGGAAGUAAAUUUUUAUAAAUUGGUGAUUUUGACAUUGCAAAAUAUUCAAUUAAUAAUAUGAGCUUUACCACCAUUAUUUUUACAGAUAUCAAUGAAGGUCUUUAUUUUGCUCAUUUUUACUAUGAUGCCUCAGGAACUAUCUCUAAAAGCAUUUCAGAAUUGUUUAAAAUUUAAUCAAUUUAAGAUAAUUAACUUCAUCUAGAAGAAAACACUAAAUUUUAUUAAGUUAGAGUAAUCUUUAACAAAGUUGUUGGAACUAUUCUUUAACUUAACAUUUUAGUAACAACUAAUAAUGUUGCACAUUAUGUAAUUGCUUUUGAUUUAGAUAUAUCAUAACCUACCUAAAUUAUUUCAAUCAUUAAGAAAAAUACAAAAUUAUUAUACGUCCUAACUCCAUAUAGUACAUGGCCUACUAUUGAUAAAAUUGCUUAUGUGAAUGGAUAUGUUGCUAUUCCAUAUACAGAUUCAACUUCACUUCUUAUUGGAAUUUAUGAUCUCCCUAAUAAUAGGCCAGUAAAUGUGAUUACCAUACCUUUUACUCACUCUAUUAGUGCAAAUUACGAAAAUCCAUUACCUAUUGAUUUUGCCCUACUAUUAACUAAAGACUUAGAAUCUAAAUUUGUAAUUUAUAUUUUUAUUCUAGCCUAAUCUUUAUUUAAAUAUCAAUUAUGAUUCUAAAUCAGAUGAAUAUUUAAUAGAAAAAUAUUAAUUAAGAGCAGAUCCCUAAUUAAUCUUAAGAAAUUCAAUGAGUCUAGAUGAUGAAGUACCUAUAACACUAUAACUCUCAAAUGACUUUACAUAAUCCAUUGGACAAGCUUAUUUGAAAAUUAAUGAUUCUCCUCCACCUGAUGAUGAUAAAUCAAAGUAAAAUUUUCUAUUUAUUUAAAGUUCCAAUUUGUGGUGGAUUAUUUUAAUUGGAGUUGUUGGACUAAUUUUGCUUGUGGUUAUUGGCUUUUACAUAUACAAAAAAAUAUUUAAAAAAAAAACAGUAUAUAGAAGUAAAAUACCAUUAGAUGAAUGA